ACCGAAGGGCAGUUAAUUGCGAUAAAUAGUCUCAAGGGCUUGGCGACUUGGAUUAAACACCGAAGAAGACCUUGGUAAGCAAAGAACAGCCGGCACCAGUAAAAAAGAUGGGAGUGGAGAAGGAAGUUUUGAGGCCCGGAACAGGUCCCAAACCGGUAGCCGGUCGGAACGUCACAGUCCACUGCACUGGUUUCGGGAAAAAUAACGAUCUCUCUCAAAAGUUUUGGAGCACAAAGGAUCCUGGACAGAAGCCAUUCACCUUCAAAAUCGGCCAAGGUUCUGUUAUUAAAGGAUGGGAUGAAGGUGUGCUGGGAAUGCAAGUGGGAGAAGUUGCUCGUCUGCGGUGCUCUCCGGAUUAUGCUUAUGGUUCUGGUGGGUUUCCUGCUUGGGGUAUUCAACCUAACUCCGUCCUUGUUUUCGAGAUUGAAGUCCUGAGCACGGAGUGACAACUCUUAAGGUUGUUCUUUAAAUGUUAGUAAAACCAUGUGGAUUAUUAUGAAUAACUUGCUUUGAAGGACUAGCACGUACGAAUGUUAUGACAUAUAUAUGUUAUAUUUCGAUUUGUGGAGUAUGAUAUAAAUGUUAUUCUCGAGCUCUAGAUGCUUAUUUUGAGUUAAUACUGAAGUCCUUAUUGUGAACA